AUGUCCGUCGUCUCGCUCGCGUGGCCGAACGUCCGACCGCGGCGCACACGCAACGAAGCCGCCGACCAUGUGGACCCCGCUGAGAUCCAUGAUGCAGACGAAGACGUCGACGAUGAGAGCGAUGGUCCCAACGUCGAAGAUACACCGGACGCAGAAGACGCCGCCAGCUUCACGCCGACACCCAAGAGCAAGCUUUUGGACGACAUGUGUGCGCUGCGCGCUUCGACGACGAACCAGAAAGCCCAACCGAGUAAUGUAUUUCCUUUUUCAUCGAUGCCAAUGGGCGCGGCGACGCCCGUCGACUUUCUACUCGCCGACUGCAGCAUCACCGUCGUUUGCCCGUUGUCGUUCUGCGGUGCGUACCUGAGCGCCAUCACGACCAAGUGUCUAUCGUGCAACAACGUCACGAUGCACGGAUGGAGCAACCGGUUUCGCGCGCUCGUCGACCUCGACUGCAAGCAAUCAUACGCCGCGGCGUGCGAGAAGAUGUGGUUGGAUCUAUCCCGCUAA